CUCAAAAUGGCCUCAUCAGCACAAAAGACAUCCUGGGCAGACGACGUUGACGAUCUCGGCCCACCCAACGAGGAGUUCGUCGAUGAGAACGGCGUUAUCACAACGAUUGAAUACGCAAUCAACGAUGAAGGCAAGAAAGUCAAGAUCACCAAGAAAAUCAAGCGAACCCUCCAAAAGUCUGUGGUAGACCUUACCGUCGCAGAACGACAAAAGUGGGCCAAAUUCGGUCAGGAACGAGGGAAUAAGCCUGGUCCUGACAGGGCCACCACCACCGUCGGUGAAAACGUUACACUGAAGAUCAGUGCCGGCAACAAGCAAUCCGAACAAGAACCCACACAAGAAGACACCGUCAAAGCCAAACUCAAGACAGCAGGCGCCGGAAAGGUCACAUGUCGUCUUUGCAAGGGUGACCAUUUCACCGCCAAAUGUCCCUUCAAGGACAAACUCGGUGCUCUCGAGAACGCAGGACUCGGUGUCGGACCAACAGGCGAAACCGAUGAUCUCGGACUGGGCGCAGAACCCGCCGGAGCUGCACCAGCUGCAGCAUCGACAACAGGCAAAUACGUUCCCCCGUCCAUGCGUGCUGGGGCCGGCCGCGGUGGCGAACGGAUGGGUGGAUCCAGGGAAGAUCUGCCUACGCUGCGUGUCACGAACAUCUCGGAGGAUACGGCUGAGAAUGAUCUGAGAGAGCUAUUUGGUGUCUUUGGAAGGGUCGCGAGGGUGUAUGUUGGAAGAGAUCGCGAAACCGGUGCUGGAAAGGGCUUCGCAUUCGUUAGUUUCGAAGAUCGGGCAGUUGCACAGAGGGCGAUGGAGAAGGUCAACGGACGUGGUUAUGAUAACCUUAUUCUCAGCGUCCAGUGGAGCCAGCCUCGAACGGACGGACGAUAGUCGAUUCGCCACUGUAUUGUAUAUUUACGAAUCCAUCCGUCUCGC